GAGAAAAGCCACCCCCCCUCCAUAGAUCCAACAGUGGACAGGCAGGAUACGGAUGCAAGCUCUCCCUCCCACUCUGUUGCAUCCAUCCAUUAUCUUAUCCCUUCAUCCAUCCAUCUCUUCAUCCACCCAUUCAUUCCCAAGGGCGUCACAAGGGGUGACAAGACCCGACUUGAAGGCGCCUAUGUAUGCGUGUGAAUGCUUGAGUCCUCCGUGUAUGUCUAUGUAUGUGCGUAUCUAGUCUGCCUGUGGACCCGCUGAGAUGACGAGCUGAAACAGAACCGACAGAAGGAUGAAAAUGCUCCGGUUUCGCAGCCCCAGCAUCCGCUCCUUGGACCAGGAGGUCCUCUGCACGAUCCGUUUACUGGACGACUCCGAGGUCUCCUGCAGCAUCCAGAGAGACACCAAAGGCCAGUUCCUGUUGGACCAUGUGUGUAACCACUACAACCUACUUGAGAAAGACUACUUUGGUAUUCGAUAUGUGGACCCCGAGAAACAGAGGCACUGGCUGGAGCCCAAUAAACCCGUGGUGAGGCAGAUGAAGUCUCAGCAGCCGUACACAAUGUGUUUCCGGGUCAAGUUUUAUCCCCACGAGCCUAUGAAAAUCAAGGAGGAGCUCACCAGGUAUCUCCUGUACCUCCAGUUAAAGAGAGACAUCUACCAUGGUCGUCUCCUCUGUCCAUUUGCUGAAGCUGCAUAUCUGGGAGCCUGCAUCAUACAGGCUGAGCUCGGGGACUACGACCCAGAGGAGCACCCGUCAGACUACAUCAGGGACUUCAAGCUGUUCCCUAAACAAUCCCUCAAACUGGAGAGGAAGAUUAUGGAAAUACACAAGAACGAGCUCAGGGGCCAGUGUGCUGCCUUUGCAGAGCUGAACAUGCUUCAAAAAGCUCACAGCCUUGAGACUUAUGGAGUUGACCCCCACCCAUGCAAGGAUUUCACAGGCUCCACAGCUUUUCUCGGGUUCACAGCCACAGGGUUUGUGGUCUUCCAGGGAAACAAGAGAAUCCACCUCCUAAAAUGGGCUGAUGUUAGCAAGCUGAAGUUUGAAGGGAAAACAUUUUACGUCAUCGGGAUUCAGAAAGAGAAGAAGCUGGUGUUGACAUUUCACACAUCGACCCCUGCUGCGUGUAAGCACUUAUGGAAGUGUGGGUGGAGAACCAAGCCUUUUACAGUGUGUGCCAAGUCAAGUCAGAUAAAGACAGUUUCCAGCAGUAACAUCUUCUUCAAAGGCAGCAGGUUCAGAUACAGCGGAAGAGUAGCCAAAGAGGUGAUAGAAGCCAGCUCAAAGAUUCAGAGAGAGCCACCUGAAGUGUGCAGAGUCCAGUUUGGUCACAGUCGAAGUUUUAACUCGCUGAGCCAUAAAAAUCUCAUCAUGAACAUGGAACCACUGGUCCCCGCACUGCCCUCCACCAACGAAUACGAAGAGACGGCCACAGACAAUGGUGUUGUUUCUGUGAAGGACUCUGUCCCCUUGUCUCCUUUUAAACCUUCAGCUGCACCUGCAGACACAGAGCAACAAAGUAAUGAAGGAGGAAACUCUGCUUUAGGCAACAACAUGCAGCCUCCCCGUGUUUCCAUGGAAACCUCAAAUCUCCGACCUCAGUCACCAAAAACUAAAGAGGAAGUGGAGGAAGACGACGAGGCCAGCGGCCCACUCACCAUUUCUGAGCUUGUCUACAGCCCUUGUGCCAGCAUGCUACCCACCCCUGUGGAUGACAGUCAGGGAGGUGUCGACUUGCUUUUCUCUUCUUCGGUCCAAAGCCCCGCCAGGCUGCUGAGGGAGCUCCAUGCCGACCCCGACAUCCAGGCCCAGCUGGAGGCAGAGAGGGAGCGAGACCGGGCCUACGAACGCACCCGACUGGCUGCGAGUAGUCGAAUGGGUGGAGUCCUGACCAGCAGCCUGCUCCUGCUGUCGUCCAAUGAGAGAGUCAACGCAUGUUUGCUGAGUGUGGCCCGCUUUGUUGCCGUGGUAAUGGGCGUCCUGCUUGUCACUGUGCCCACACUGCUGCUACUGCUGGAGUCCGACAUCGACGUGUCGUUCCUCCACGAGAUCCGCCAGACGCCGGAAUUUGAGCAGUUUCACUAUGAGUAUUACUGCCCGCUCCGGCGCUGGAUCCUGUGUAGGAUCAGCAUGGCCAUGGAGAACCUGUGGUCAGACUGAGGAGGGGAAGGAGAGAUAGAGGAGUCACUGCAGGGGGGAAUAUGCCUGUCUUAUGCCAAAUGUCUGUCUUAACAUAUCAUUUAAUCUUAUAUUCAAUCUCAACAAUUGGUGAGACUAAAGAACCAGUCUGCCAAUGGGAUGAAAUUAGUUCACUUGGAGAGCAGGUGCAAUGGAUCAAUGGAGGGCUCACACAAAAGCUGUACGAGGCAUUGUUAAAGAUGCCUGAGAUGGAAAUGCUGUCAGAUAUCUUUGUACACUAUUUUUGAUUGAAUUAAACUGAAACAAGUAGACCAGUUUCAUUUCUUUGGCAGCAUUAUUUAGUGUCUUGAAGAAAAAAGACAGAUAAGUGAGAAAUAAGAUUUUAAUAAUAGGAUCCAAUCACUUGUUAAGAAGACACUUUUGGCAGGCAGUGAUGAACUGAACAGAAAGAGGACAAGAAAUACUGUAGGUGUUCGAGGAAGAACCUGUGGAAGGGAGAGAUCAUGAAAAUAAAAAAACAAGUGAAGUCAUGGACAGAGAAAAUGUCACAAAAGGAUUUAGAAAAGAAAAAAGUGGUUGGUUUUAUUUUAAAAGAAGUUUUAAAGGUCUGUUCACUCCUGAUGCUGACUAGCUGAUGCAAUGACUCUUUGGUAAACAUCGCAAACCAUUCUGAUUGGUUCUCGCCCUCAGAGUGGAGCACCUGAUUGGUCACAGAGCCUGUCAGUCAUGACGGAGUCGGUGGAGACAGAAGAAGAAAUGAUUGAUUUGCCACUGAAUGCAACAAUAGCCACAGUCAGAGGUUCAUUAUAUAUAUUUAAAAACAAGAGAGAAAUAUUGAUAGUAAAAACCAAUCUUAAAUAAGUUGUUUUUAACGUUUUGUACAUUUUUAUGUGAUCCAGAUCUUUCAGGAAUUUUUCAGUCAGAGGAUCUACUUUGAUCUUAUUUUGAAAUUAAGAGUUUACAAAAGAUUACAAAAAAAAAGCAAAUUUAUUGAAGUUUAUUGGGGUAAUGGGUGUUGAGAAAUUUAAGAUAUUUUUUAGGACUACCGUCAGCAUUGUUGACUCGGUAGCACCCUGGGUUUUUCCUACAGAGACUAUAGCACAAAUCUUUUACACAGACCACAGAUUACAACUGUUUCAGAUUAUGUGAUGUCAUUUAGGAAACAGAAGGGCAGCAGAGGAGAGAAGCGUUGGUCUGUUUGUGAUGAUAAAACUUGUGUUUUGUUGAACUAAAAAAAUGUCUUCUGAACUAAAUGUUUGCUCAUUAAUUAAGGCUACUAGUGCAUCGUUCAGUGUGUUUUAAAAGAGUUUUAACAUAAAACAUAUAUAUAAAUGAUUAAGGAAGAAGAGGUUACUUGUGGGCCUUUGGUUAAAAGUUACUGUGGUAAUGGUGGGUAAAACCGUUUUGUGUAAUUUGUUAAUGGACAGUGUGCUACUUUUGGGAGAGCUCUGUAUAUGUUUCAGAGGUAUAUGAAGUGAUAGGAUGGUACAUUCAAAAUGCCCAAAGGAACAGGUGUGUGUACUCCAACUACACUGCUGCUACGUGACACAUGGUAGGACAAGUAAUGCGUUUAAUGGUUAUCUCUCAUACUGGUCUUUCUCUGGUUACAUGUUGAUCAGACCGAACAAACAUGGUACAGUAGGAGUACAGUUGCAGGUAUUUAUCUUCAGCAUUUUAGUAAGUAAUUCAAACUAGAAAUGAUAUGUAGCCAUUUCUAAGAAUAUAUGUGGUAACAUCAUAUUGAGCAUCCUGUGUUAAUCAUUUAGAUGACUACAACUGUUAGUAUAUAUGACAGUAUAUCCUCAUUUUAAUAUCAGUGACCAACAAGACAGAGUUAUCAGUAAUUAUAUAGAGGUGGAAGAUGUUUAAAAGGGAAGUUGUUGGUUUAAGUAGAUAUAAAGCUGUGUUUAUGGACGUUCACUGCUCAUAUGGUUGGGGUUCCCCAAAAUGUCUUGAGCUGUGGAGUCAAAGAUGACAAAUAACAAGGGUAAAACCGAGAGGCGAUGCAAAAAAAUAUGUGGUACAGAAAAACAGAACAAGGAAUUAACUGUAGGUUGUGACCAUAGACUGUAUAUUAUUGAUUUAUUUAAUAUUAACGGUCUAUGGUUUUGACUUAAUGCUGGGGGUUUAUUUGUUGCGAAUUGUGUUGGUCUUUGUAAUUCAGUAUAUGAUCUUGUGUAUUUGUUAUCCUCAUUUGACUAAAGACUAAAUCAGUCACCUGUAGAUCUGAUGAGAAGGCACUUUUGGGAACACACAGCCAUCCCCCCGUGAACGUUCAUCAUACAGACAGUGCCUGUCAUUUACAGUAUCGUGCAUAGAGCUGAGAACAGAGAGCUACAGCGAUGAGCAGAUGAAUU